AUGCGCCGCGUCGCGCUGCUCCCGCAACGCGGCGUCGCCUUCGCCGUCGCUCAUGGAGCAGCGCCUGCACCAGCGUUGGUUUCUUCUUCGUUGCCGCUGGGCCUGAACGGGAGACUCUCUGCGACUCGAAACGCCUUGAAUCCACCUCUGCACCAUGCAUUCUCCUCGAGCCCCCGAGCCGGAAAGACGCCCAUAUUACCCCUUACCUCUGCGCCAGUCGCUGCGACAAACACCUCGCCUAACUUACUACCGCGUGGGCCCCGCCAACUAGCAAGGCAGCCGGUGUGGGCGCCUCCGGUCAAUAUCAUACGGCAGCUCUCCACGACGCGGCCGCUUCAAGAACAGCAAGAUGACACCACCGGUAGCAAGAGUAGCAAGAACCUACCUGCCCCUGUCGGCCCGAAGGAGGUAGACCAACAUUUUGAGGCUCAUGGGUUCCAAAGGAGCGAGAAAGCAGCCAAAGCAGCACACAUCAACAUGAGCGCGCGCUUGUCGAAGGAGGGCAAAGGCCAGGAAGGUAAGCCCGGACUGGCCGAAGUCUGGCGGCUGAUCAAGAUCGCGCGGCCCGAGGUCAGGUGGCUAGGCGCCGCUUUUGUCUUGCUGCUUAUCUCGUCAGCCGUCACGAUGUCGGUCCCCUUCACGGUAGGCCGGGUCCUCGAUCUCGCGACCAAGGGUCCUACGGAGGAGGUGCGACUCUUUGGCUUCACAUUGACACAGUUCUUUGUUGGCCUGGGUACCUUGCUUACCAUUGGAGCGACGGCAAACUUUGGGAGGAUUAUUCUGCUCAGGAUCGUUGGCGAGCGCGUGGUUGCGCGGCUGCGGACCCAGCUCUACCGCCGGACGUACGUCCAAGACGCCGAGUUCUUCGAUGCCAACCGUGUGGGCGACCUGAUUUCACGCUUGAACUCGGAUACGGUUAUUGUCGGCAAGAGCAUAACCCAGAAUGUCUCUGACGGUCUUAGGUCGAUGGUCAGCGGCGCUGCGGGAUUCGCUGCCAUGGCCUGGCUGAGCCCAAAGCUGACGUCCAUCAUCCUCGUCGUGGUCCCGCCUAUCGCUCUCGGCGCCUUCGUCUAUGGACGCGCGAUCCGGAAUCUUAGUCGGCAAAUCCAGAAGAAUGUGGGUUCGCUGAUGAAGAUCGCCGAAGAGCGGCUGGGCAACAUCAAGACCAGCCAGGCUUUCGCCGGCGAGGUCCAGGAGAUUGGCAGGUACAACAAGCAGGUCAAGAAGAUCUUUGCGCUGGGCAAGCGGGAUGCGCUCAUAUCCGGGACCUUCUUCGCCUCGACCAGCUGGGCGGGCAAUAUGACUGUCUUGGCCAUGCUGAUCGUAGGGGGUAACCUGGUCCGAUCUGGAGCCAUGACACUGGGCGACCUGACGUCUUUCAUGAUGUAUACGGUCUUUGCGGGAUCCAGUCUCUUCGGCGUCAGCGGCUUCUACUCAGAACUUAUGAAGGGAGUCGGCGCCGCCAGCCGCCUGUUUGAACUUCAGGACCGGAACCCCUCGAUCCCGUCCACGGUAGGAGUGAAAGUAACUUCUGCUCAGGGCCCUAUCAAGUUUUCAAACGUCACAUUUGCCUACCCGACGCGGCCCGCCGUGACAAUCUUCAACGGCCUCGAUUUCGAGAUUCCCUCGGGAAGCAACGUUUGCAUCGUCGGGCCAUCAGGAGGCGGCAAGUCCACCGUCGCUUCAUUGCUACUGCGGUUCUACAACCCAACAUCAGGCUCCAUCACAAUCAACGGCGUUGACAUCGCCAAGAUGAACGCCAAGUCCUUGCGCCGGCGUAUCGGCAUGGUAGCCCAGGAACCCGUGCUCUUCUCUGGCACAAUCGCAGAAAACAUUGCCUACGGCAAGCCCUCCGCCACACGGGACGAAAUCAUUGCGGCGGCGCGCAAAGCCAACUGCGGCUUCAUCAGCGACUUCCCCGAGGGGCUUGAAACGCAGGUCGGAGCUCGGGGCGCGCAGCUGUCGGGCGGGCAGAAGCAGCGCAUCGCGAUCGCGCGGGCGCUGCUCAAGGACCCGGACAUUCUCAUCCUCGACGAGGCCACGUCAGCGCUCGACGCCGAGUCCGAGACGCUCGUCAACUCGGCGCUUGCGGCUCUGCUUAAAGGCCAUAGGACUACUAUCUCUAUCGCACACCGCCUCUCGACUAUUAAGAGGUCCGACAAGAUUAUUGUUCUGUCGAGUGAGGGGACUGUGGCUGAGAUUGGCAGCUAUGCUGAGCUUAGUGCAAAUAAGGACAGUGCGUUCAGCAAGCUCAUGGAGUGGCAGAUGAGUGGUGCUGCUGGGGACGUGGUGAUGGCCCCGGAUCAUCACCAUCGUUUGCCUGCUUCUUCUGGCGCCACCCCGCACAUAUCCGAAGAGGAGGUGGAGGAUAUUGAGGAAGAGAUGGAGCAUGAGCGGGACGAAGAGGAGGAGGAUGCCGUCCCUGGGGCGUCUGAGGGUGGUCGUGAGAAGAAAGCGUAA